CAUACUGUAUGUAGGUAGGUAGGCAGGUAGGUACCUUAGGUACAUACAUAGUAGCAUCUUAAUACUUACAACAUUGAGUACGACGCAAGUAUACCUCAAUGAAUUACAUGGUGGAAUCUCCAAUACUAUAUUAACAACGCCCUCUUGCUUGCCUGGCGCAGAGUUCCUACUAGAUAGUUUUGUAACCAGCCUGGAUUUCAUCAGGUCUUGGUCAAUUUCUCAAAAGCGGUUCUUCCUGUUGGAUGCGUAUGGGGGCGCACCAGACCACUAAUCCGCCAUGCCUACUCGUAUCCCUAAGCCUGAGGAUUUUACAUAUCUUGAGCCAUCCCUCAAUGUCUCGAUGGUGUUCCCAGAAAUCCCAGAGACAACAACAUCAAUCCUUGUCCUCUUUCACGGGCUAGGAGACUCCGAGGCAUCAUUUGCGAAAUUCGCCAAGAACAUCAACCUGCCAGGUGUUCUCGCUAUCUCAGUACGCGGUAUCUCGCCUUUACCGCCGGCUCUUCUGGGGUUGCCCGGAUCUGAAGCAGGGCAACCCACGAGCCAUUUUCACUGGGGGGAUGACUUGACACUCUCGUCUGACACUGGUGAUCUAGAACCCGACCCAGGUUUCUCAAAGGCGGAAGAACUAGUCUUGGGGAAGCUCAUUCAAGGCACCCUGGUUGGCAAAUGCGGGUGGGAAACCAACGAUAUCUUGCUCUUUGGAUUUGGGCAGGGUGGUUCUCUAGCUCUCGGUCUUUCCUCGAAACUGAGGAAGGCAGAAGAACUUGUGGGCGUAACAGAGGGCAAUAGAGAGCUGGGGCUUGCCUUCAAAGGAGCCGUGUCGAUCGGUGGACAGUUGCCAUCGAGUAUGAUACCUAGCUCGAGUGCAAGAAGCAAGGCUGGGACCCCAGUAUUGGUCUGUCAUGGAAGAAAUAGUGAACUUCUCGACAGUGAGGCGAUCGAGCUCUUGAAUAGGGAGUUUGUCGAUGUACGGGAGGUUAAGUGGAUGAAAGCCGACGAUAGUAUGCCCCGGAACCGCCAUGAGAUGCUACCCAUCAUGCAAUUUUUCGCCGAAAGGCUACGAGCGUGGUAAAUGUCUUGGCAUAUUUGUAGCCAAAUAUCAGGUCGCGAGACUACUAGAUGUCCACCAAGGGCUUGGAGCUGACGAGAAACUCAUGUGCUAUUACCAUUACCUAGCAGAUACCUAUUAAUUUCUUGGAAAUGGGCGCUACUGGUACGUUUUACUCAGUGUGUACUAAGGAAAGUGACCGGUCCAUCUCCGAUAGGUCCUUGGCAACCAGGUCUCUCGUCUACACUCAUCUUGUGUUGACACUUGGGAGCAUGGGCAUUUCGAUGGCAUAUACCGGCUAGAGAAAACUCGACUAGCCGUAUAUAUCUGGUCUACUACAAAUUGAAUGGCACGUUACG